AAUCAGAAACAGAGGAGUAACACGCUACUCUUCACUGACGCCGUCCACUGCUACUAAACUACUGACGAAGGAGGACCGUGUCAAGAACAGUUAAACUAGACAAUUAAAAUGUUACUUCGCGCUUUAGAAAUUAUAUAUUUCAUUUACUUUGCGUCGCACAUUCCAAUUACUCUCAUGGUUGAUCUCCAGGCUUUGCUUCCAGAACAUCUGUAUCCACCUGAGCUGAGAAACUUAUUGCACUGGUAUGCUGCUGAAUUCAAGGAUCCUAUGAUGAUGGACCCGCCUGCGUGGUUCAAAUCUUUUGUAUUCUGCGAAGCUCUCGUGCAGCUGCCCUUUUUCCCAGUUGCAGCAUACGCCUUCCUGAAGGGUGGCUGCAAAUGGAUCAGAACUCCAGCAAUCAUUUAUUCCGUUCAUGUGGCCACCACUCUGCUCCCAAUUUUAAGCCACGUGCUUUUCUAUAACUUUCCUCUGGCGCCACAUCCAGGACCCCAAACUUUGAACGAACGCCUGACCCUGGUGUCCAUUUAUGCUCCAUACCUUAUCAUCCCCAUCAUGAUACUGCUCACCAUGCUCUUCAGCUCAACAUACAACUCAGUCUCUCAGAAAGGAAACACUUCCUCAAAGUCCAAGAAACAAAGAUAGAUCUACACAUAGAUGCAUUCAUUAUAACCCACCAGGGUUCCGAGGUUAUUGUUAGUUAAUUCUGGUUAAAUGUGAUUAAAUAUUUUAAUAUGUAUCAAAAUAUUUGGUAAUUGUAUGUAGUUUUUAUCUUUUUUUUUUUUAAACAAUUUUUUGACUCCGAUAGUAAUUUACAGUUUUGUUUACUGAUGACGACCACAUGUAAAAGCAAAAUAUAUUUUUAUUCAAAUCUGUAUGAAGUUUGUCAAAUAUUAAGAUAACACCUGAUGAUCUAAAUGGAUAAUGUAAACAUAUAAUAAUGAAUAAAUUUCAUAUUAAAUAGUUUUCCAUAACUUCUACGGAAUAUAUUUUGGUAUGGUCCCAUUAACAACAAUAAAAUUGCCAUGAGGAUAUGAUAAAAUAAAACUGGAUGGGUUCAAGUCACAAACAGCAGUUGAAAUAAAAAUCAUACAGAAAAUAAACAAUUUACCUGAA